UUGAAGUCGCAGCUAGUUCGUAAAAAAAAUAACCAUUUUUCAAUUGUAUGUUAGAUUGUCGCAGUGUGUUUGAGCUGAAGGUUUGCAAGAAUGACUGAAGAAUUGCAAGUGGAAACCUACGCUUUUCAGGCGGAGAUUGCACAGUUGAUGUCGCUGAUCAUCAAUACGUUCUACUCUAACAAAGAAAUUUUUCUCCGUGAGUUGGUAUCCAACUCGUCGGACGCCCUCGACAAGAUUCGCUAUCAGUCGCUAACGGAUCCAACGAAAUUGGAAGCGAAGAAGGAGUUGUUCAUUAAGAUCAUUCCUGACAGCGCCAACAAAACUCUGACUAUCAUAGAUUCUGGCAUAGGUAUGACGAAGGCAGAUUUAGUUAACAACCUCGGUACGAUUGCGAAAUCGGGUACGAAGGCCUUCAUGGAGGCCCUUCAAACGGGAGCCGAUAUCUCUAUGAUUGGUCAGUUUGGUGUUGGCUUCUAUUCAGCCUACCUCGUCGCCGACCGGGUUACCGUAACUUCGAAACACAAUGAUGACGAGCAAUACACCUGGGAAUCGUCUGCUGGAGGCUCAUUUACGGUUCGGACAGAUAGUUCAGAACCAUUAGGGCGUGGUACGAAAAUUGUUCUUCACCUCAAAGAGGAUGUAACCGACUUCUGCGAAGAGCGACGUAUUAAGGAAGUUAUUGCAAAGCACUCGCAGUUUAUCGGGUAUCCAAUAAUUAUGCCCGUUCAGAAAUACCGUGAAAAAGAGAUGUCAGAGGACGAGAAUGAGAAAGAGAACGAAAAAAAAGGCGAUAAAUGUGAUGAUGGAGUUGAGGAAGGGAAGGACAACGAUUUAGAGGAUGCAGGCGAAGACGAAGAUGCUGAUCUAGAAGCGGGUGAUAAAAAAAAAAAAAAGACUAUUAGGGAGUCUUACAUUGAGGAUGAGGAACUUAAUAAGACAAAGCCGAUAUGGAUGCGUAAUCCUGAUACCAUUUCACAUGAGGACUACGGGGAGUUUUAUAAAGCGUCGACCCACGACUGGGAGGACCACCUUGCCGUGAAGCACUUCUCGGUGGAAGGCCAGCUAGAGUUUCGCGCUCUGCUGUUUAUCCCGAAACGGGCUCCAUAUGAUCUGUUCGAGAACAAAAAGCAAAAAAAUGAGAUAAAGUUAUAUGUCCGUCGUGUGUUUAUCAUGGACAAUUGUGAGGAGCUGAUUCCAAAGUACCUUAAUUUCGUACGCGGUGUCGUAGAUUCAGAGGAUCUUCCCCUGAACAUUUCGCGUGAGAUGCUCCAACAGAACAAAAUCCUGAAGGUGAUCCGCAAGAAUCUCGUCAAAAAAUGCUUAGAACUUUUUGAUUCUAUUGCAGAGGACAAGGAUAUGUAUAAGAAAUUCUAUGAGCAGUUUUCUAAGAACAUCAAAUUGGGGAUCCAUGAAGAUUCCCAAAACCGUAAAAAGCUUGCUGAGCUUUUGAGGUUUUAUACUUCGGCAUCUGGAGACGAAAUGUGCUCUUUCAAGGAUUACGUUAGCCGUAUGAGGGACAUCCAGAAACAAAUUUAUUUCAUUUCUGGCGAAUCACGCGAUCUCGUGGCUAAUUCGGCAUUUGUUGAACGUGUGAAGAAACGAGGCUUUGAGGUAAUUUACAUGGUCGAUCCCAUUGACGAGUACUGCAUACAGCAGCUGAAAGAGUACGAGGGAAAACAGCUAGUUCCAGUCACUAAAGAAGGAUUGGAACUUCCUGAAGAUGAAGAGGCAAAAAAGAAAUUUGAAAGGGACACUAAGAAAUACGAGAAUCUGUGCAAAGUAAUGAAAGAUUGCCUUGACAAACGGGUUGAGAAGGUUGUUGUAUCAAAUCGUCUGGUAAGCUCACCAUGCUGUAUUGUCACCUCACAAUUUGGUUGGUCAGCUAAUAUGGAACGUAUCAUGAAAGCACAGGCACUUCGGGACUCAUCAACGAUGGGGUACAUGUCUGCCAAAAAACACCUUGAAAUAAACCCGGACAAUUCUAUUAUUAAACAGCUACAAGAUAAGGUUGAAGUUGACAGGAAUGACAAAUCAGUUAAAGACCUUGUGCAGCUUCUUUUCGAGACUGCGUUACUAUGCUCUGGCUUUAACCUCGAGGAGCCAGGCCACUUUGCAAAUCGCAUCCAUCGAAUGAUUAGGCUUGGACUCGGCCUUGAAGACGAUGAAUCGGAGAGUGCAGAUGAAUCUAUGCUUCAAAAUCCACCUGCGCUGGAGUCCACAGCUGAAGAUUCGCAACGAAUGGAAGAGAUCGAUUAAAGGCCUAUUUUUUAUUGUAGAUGGACUGUUUCGAAGUUUCUCGACUGUAAUUGUUAAUAAUUGUAAAUCACUGUAAAUGAUAAAA